AUGGACUAUGGCUGGAGCGUGAGAUACUCUUUUUUGGAGAUCUGUGCCCCAACAGGAUCUACUGUGGAUAUGAGCUGCACCUUCAGCUACCCAGCAAGAAUAAAAAAUCAUGUGAACAGACUUGAGAACACGUUCUGGUUUACUAGUAAAAUAGACAAUGAAUAUAGCGAUGUUGAAAAGAACUCUAGUUUUUCAGGUCGUGUGAAAAAUACCUGUGUGGAGAACGAAUGCUUUCUGAAAAUCACAAACCUGAGGAAGAACGACACAGAUGAGUACAAGUUCAGAUUUGUGACAAACAAAGACAGAUAUUUUGGUCAACCUGGAGUUGCUCUGCAUGCCACAGAUCUCGAGGUGCAGGUGAGCAGACGAGACAAGGCUUUGCUCUUAGAGUGUCUCAGCAGUUGUCCAGAUGACAAUUCCUUCAUCUGGUUCAAGAAUGAACAGAUUAUUGAAUAUGAAACAUCAAGGUAUUAUCAUCCAGUCCAGGAUUUUCUCACUGACAGAUAUUCCUGUGCUCUCCAAAGAUAUGAGGAGCUCCCAUCUCCUUCAGUGUAUGCUCCAAAGCUUCCCUCUGUAUCAGUGAGUCCCUCUGCUGAGAUUAAGGAGGGCAGUUCAGUGACUCUGACCUGUAGCAGUGAUGCUAACCCAGCAGCUAAGUACACCUGGUACAAGGAGAAUGAAGACUCACCAAAAGCUUCAGGACAGAUCUUCACCAUCACUGAUGUCAGAGAUGAACACAGUGGGAAUUAUUACUGUGAGGCCAAGAACAAAAUGGGGCGUCGUAAGUCCAGCUUACAUCUGAUUGUUGUUGUGACAGAGGGAGGGAAUCUACCGAUUGUUGCUGGAUUAGUCACUGUUGUCCUCCUGGUUAUUGUGGCCCUUUUCAUCUUCUUGUGGAUCAGAAAAAAGAGGGCUUCCAAGGAACCUUCUCAGGCUGCAGAGAGACGACACGACAGGCAUCAGUCCUUUGCACAGAGGCCUCAUUCAGAAAGAGAACCUGCUCAUGAAAAACAAAGGUCAAAGGUCAUUCAUCUCCCUGAUCAGGGAGAGCCAGAGGAGCAGGAUGAGCUUCAGUAUGCCAGUGUACAGUUCUCUCAAAACCAGGCAGAUCUAUACUCCAACAUCAGACCAGCUCGGCCAAUCAGACACACGGAAAGACAGGACGUCUCUGAAUAUGCUGCUGUCAGGUUUACUGGGAAUGCCACAAGAACCAGGAGACAAGACGAGGCUACUGAACUGUAUAGCACAGUCAACAAACACUGAUAACAGCAGGCUCUUUAUCCACUUUCUAAAUAGUUAAAAAAAUAGUUAAAAUAGUAAAAUAGUUAAAAAAUAGUAUUCAUUGUUGUUUUUUUCAAGAAUACACCACUCUGACAAUUAACAUUAUUGGUACAAGACAACCAUCUUUAUUUUACCAACAGUAUAUUUUUUUAAAUCUCAGAAUUUGCCCUUUUUGUAUAACCUGUGCUGGAUUUGUACAAAAGGUUCAUUUUUAUCCAGGAUUACCUUGAGUUAGUCUUUACUGUAAUUUAUGUGUCACUCCAACUUGAGAAUAACUGGGAUUGGGAAAAAAAACACAUUAUUCAAGUAUUCCCGAAGUCAGUACACUGGGUAAUCUUUGUAUCUGCACUUAAAAACGGGUCAAAUUAUUUAAUGAAGACAGUAAACAAAGACAGGUAAGAUAGUCAGCACCACUUAAUGGUUUGGAAAUGUUUUUUUUCUAGCUUUUUAAUUAUUUAGUGGCUAAACUUUAGUUGACUGUAUUUAACAUUUAUUUGAUAAAGUUUUAAAUGUUCCUCUCUUCUCUCUGGUCAGUCCUAAAGUUUUCUGCUGCACUGUUAGGAGUUAAUCCAAAUCUGUUUUAAAGUUGGUCUCCUGAGAGAAACCUGACCUUGAUGUAAAAACUUGUAAAUAUAAUUUUUAUAAAAUGCUUUUUUUUUACUAUCUUAUGAAUGCAUUUUUCAUUUCUUUGAAUAUUCUUAGUCUGAGUUUAUCUUUUAUCAACUCUUCUUCCUGCUGUUAACCUUUGAGUGCAUGAGUGCUUUUGAUGAAAAAGACAUUUUUCUUCAUAUGGGUGCUGUUUGUGGUCACAAGUACAGAAUACAUCCUAGACCAAAUCUAAUUCAAGGUACAUGAUAAGUUUGA